CCGGCGAUGUCACCAUCGUCCUCACCUCAUCUGCUGCCCUCGAAGGCUCUCUCUCGCCCCAUUUACUCAGUUCACUCACUUGAUUCCGACUCUCAGUUAUUCUCACAACUUUUGUGCCUCGCAUACCGGUGAUUACGAUGUCUACACGGGUACCCCUGGAGGCCUCAUCCCGGUCUCAUGUCGAGCGUUCGGUGAACGGAAACGGUCAGGGCAUCCGCCAGCUGUCCUUGCUUGACCUACCAGGCGAAAUUAUUUUGAAAGUGUUCCAACAGCUCCGUCCAAUCGAGCCAGUAACCUCAUACAAUUCCACUUCAAAGAAGCCCGAUGUGAGCCGGGAUUUCUUCCAGAGUCGAGCCAGUCUGACCAAUGUUGUCCUGGUCUCGAGGCUUUUCUACGAACUCGGAACCCCCUAUCUAUAUCGUACCGUCCUCCUGAGCGACCAGGUGGAAGUCUUGCUCUUUUUCCGCACAAUAUCAACAUGUCCAGACCGCCGCCCCUUGGUCCGUUCCCUGGCUUGGGUCACUGUGUUAUCCACGGAUGACACGAAUAGGCAGUCAACCAUGAUCCGCCAACAUGAGGCCGAUUCGCUCGUUGUAGAUUGCUGGGAUCUCAUCAAGGACUCUUGGCCUCUCGCGCAGAUUGACUUUCGGGUCGCAAAACUUAUGGGCAUCUACGGGCCUGAUACCAUGGAAACCUGGAGGCUACUAGGUGCUAUUUUGGCCCUGUGCCCAAAGAUCGCAUCGCUAUUUUUACUUCACGGAUGUGAGGAUGUACCCGAAGGAUCUUAUAUGCGUUUUAGUCCAGAAAUGAGGGCCCUAGAACCGCUGCUAUGGCGGUACGAAGAGGCAGAUGGCCACGGAAAUCCUGGGUUUCUUGGACCUUCUGGCUAUGGGUUCCUCGCGGACUUGCAACACCUCAUUAUCGAGACUCAUGAGGAUGAGCAAUCUCAAGAUCGCGCGCGCUUCGUCAUUUUCUUUUUCUUGGCGAACUCGCCGCGCUUGAGACGUGUGGAGAUAAAGGGCAACUUGUGCCAUAGAGGCAUUUGGGCAUGCUUCACGCAGUAUCCAAAUUCCAAGUUGGUCGCAGACAGUGUGAAAGAGCUAGUACUGAUGCGCACACAAGGCCCUCGGGACGAUAUUAUGGCGACGAUGCUGUCGUUUCCUAAGCUCGUCUCGCUCCAGGCCGAGUAUGACGACGCGUCUUACAUGUUCAACACGACCAUUACCCCUGCCCUGCCCUUCACAAUCUCUUCCGCCCUGCUAAGACUCGCGGACACACUGGAAACGCUGUCUCUGACAACGGGCCCGACCAGCUACGGCCAUUGGAGCUACAUAGAGGACUACCCACCGUCUUUGACCAGUCUCUCUCAGAUGAGCAAGCUCAAAGACUUGACUACAGAGUCAAUGUGGUUAUUUGGAAGACAGGACGUCGGAAUCGCCCUGCAGAUACCGCACCUCCUCCCUCCAUCACUCGUUCGCUUCCGGCUGAUCGAUUACUGGGGCACCACUCACGACACGCCCCGUGACUAUCAACCGGACUCCCUGAAGUACUACCCAGACUUCCCAAAUCAGUGGACCACGGCUGAGUUUUAUUCCAAUGUCCUCAUGAGCCUCGUCAGGGACAGCUCCCCGUCUCUCCCAGACCUGGGAGAGGUCACGCUGGUGUCUAAGCAACUCUAUGAGGAGAUGCCAGCGAGCGACAGUCAGGGGGAACAGGAUCCCGCCGACAUAACAGAGGGACAUAAAGGGCCCCUAUCGAAUGUGAGCGCGUCCUUGCGCGCCGUGGGUGUUCAGUUGAACUUGGAAAUGCCGGUGGAGAGCGAAGCAGCUGAUCGAUUUGAUUGGGCGAGGAUUGAAUAGAGUGAGAAGCAUCAUCCAUAGGUCUCGAGAUGACGAGAAUUUGAUUGAUUUCUAACUUUUCUUUUUCCAAAAAGGUGCAGGGUGGAUACUUUCAGGCUAUAGUCUAAACACAUGCAGUUUAGUAUAGGCUCUUUCAGCUUUGAUUGCGGAUCGACCUUGAUGUUCCCCAGAGAGCAUACGGUCCUUGAUCGUCCUCUAAGAUUGUUAGCACAUGCCAUGCAUUUCAGGACGCUUCUAUACUCGGGAUCAAGUUGUGUGGUAAUCUAUCCACCUUCUAUAAAGAGAGAGGAAAUUUGUGCACCCAUUUUUGUAAGCCACGCACCCCUCUACUAACUAAGAACUAUCCCAUAUAAUGGGGCACACUCCGUACAUUCAGACCCGCGAAUUUCCCGGAAUUCACGCUCGCUUCGGCGGUUGGUCGC